CUUCCGGACUCGCUCUCAGACUUCGGAUCCCAGGGCGGCGGGGGCCGCGCGGGGAACGCACGGGGGGCAGGACCGCGGUGGCGGGAGCAGGCCUGAGUCAGUGCGCAGCGGGUGCCGGGCUUGGACUGUGACCGCGUUUCCAGGGGGCUCCGCCGAGGAGUCCGCAGGAUUCCACCCCGGUGACCGGGCGUCAGUGAGUGGGUGGGCUACUGACACCCGAAGCGGAUUUGGGAAACUCCGGGCGCCGGAGGCGGGCAGUGCGCCCAGGUGGAGAGGAAGUGGAGACUUCCACUCCGGCGGGCGCCCGCCACGGAGCCGCGGGGGUCUGACUCUGUGUCGGCCCUGAAGCUCUUGAAAACCUACUGGACAGAACUGUCGGCACCCUCUGCCCGCGCCGAGGAGGUGGAGGCGGCGCGGCGGGUGUUUUACUUGCAGGAACCGAGCGAAGGCCCUUGGAUUGACAAACUGGCAUGAAGAAAGACAGUGGGCUUGGCCACCCAGGCUACAGGUCAUCAGAGGCACCUCAGGGAUGAGCCAAUGGGGUCAGAAUGGAUGGAGAUGCGGAAGCGGCCGGUGUGCGCCGCCCAGGAGCCUACAGCCUGUGUCCCCGGCCAGCCUGGAGUGGAGAACCAGGGGUCCAACGCUUGCUGCUUCUGCUGGUGCUGCUGCUGCAGCUGUUCCUGUCUCACUGUAAGAAACCAGGAGGAACAGAGACUUAGAAGGACUUCCUAUGAAGUCAGAACCGAAGACCUUCCCACCUGUGAAGAAAGCCCGGGUCCCACCCUGGAGGAGGCCAGCGCCUGGGCUCAGUCCUUUGACAAGCUCAUGCUCACGCCUGCGGGCAGGAACGCAUUCCGGGAGUUUCUGCGGACCGAGUUCAGUGAGGAGAACAUGCUCUUCUGGAUGGCGUGCGAGGAGCUGAAGAAAGAAGUGAAUAAAGCCAUGAUUGAAGAGAAAGCGAGGGUCAUAUAUGAAGACUACAUUUCUAUUCUCUCUCCUAAGGAGGUCAGCCUGGACUCGCGCGUGCGGGAGGCCAUCAACAGGAGCAUGGCCGAGCCCUCCCAGAACAUCUUUGACGAUGCCCAGCUGCAGAUCUACACGCUGAUGCACAGGGACUCAUACCCCCGCUUCAUGAACUCCGCUCUCUACAAAGACCUGCUCCGCUCUUUAUCUGAGAAAGCAGUGGAAGCCUAGGAUAUCAAAGAUAUUUAUUAUGAAUAAAAUAAUCCAAGAACUCGUGGGCUCCGUCUAGGACAGGGACUUUAGAGGCGGUAGUGUCUUCUGCUGGUCGCACUCGGGCUGUUUUAAUAACAGACGCUUUCUUCUGCAGAAAACUGAUACAUUCAUCAAGAAAACUGCAGCCACCUUUCCUGAUCCUUUUGGAAAGACUGGGGUAUGGCUCUGUAGAGAGGUUGUGUAGCUACAUUUACAGUGACAGUAGUUUGUUCUCAAGUGACAAAGGAUACACAAGAAGAUGCCACAUUGCCUUCAAAGGGUACAUCAUGGGAACAAACAGUACCCAGAUUCCCAUUUUAUAAAAAGGUGACCUCUACUUGUAAAAUUGGUAUCCCACUGUAUCUUAGGAUACAUCUAUGUAUUGCUAAAUGCAUAUAUGUGCAUUUGUAUCUUACAUGGUUGAUGUAAAGCACCGCGCUCUUAACUGGAUCAGCAUCAAAAGUUUGGUAAGAGAAGCAGUGUUUAGAAAAUUCUUUUGUUGACAAGUUACCUUUAUUUUUUAUUACCAGAGCCUGCCAACCUAAAGAAUGAAUUUUCAACUUAGUGGCAUUCAUCAAAAACAUUCAAAUAAGUAUAUUUCCUUUUUUAGUACUGAAAGAAACAUGGGCAUUUUCACCCUAAAAAAAUAAAGCACAAGAGUUUUAUCUCAGCCUUUUUUUUUUUUUUUUUGCACAUAUAGCUAUUUGGGAAAUAUAAGAUUAAGUAAGUACAGACACACUCAAGAUUCUCUUUUAGUUCCCAGACCAGGAUUUCAUUUUUAUAGCCCACUGUUUUUUAUCACAGGUGAACAGAUAAAUUCAUAGCUCACAGGUGAAAAUACAGCCUUACAGAUCUAAACCAUCACUAUAAUGAGUGGGGAAGAAAUGCAUCCAGAACAUAAUUUGCAUGAAGCUCAGUCAGGAAAGAACCCGGAUGCAAUGCAGGAGACCCAGGUUCAAGCCCUGGGUCAGGAAGAUUCCCUGGGGAAGGAAAUGGCAACCCACUCCAGUAUUCUUCCUGCCUGGAGAAUCCGACGGACAGAGAAGCCUGAGGUCACAAACGGUCGGACACAACUUAGAGACUGAACUACACUUGUGCCUCAGCCUUCACAGGACGGCCUUCCUCUUGGUCACCCGCUCCCUGGCCCUUCAGCCUGAAGAUUUCUUCAUUAUACUCUUCAAGCCCCUGGUCUUCAUUCUCAGCAAACACCUCUUCUCGUCCUUUACUGUGACCAAGGUGCCUCAGCCUCCAUCUUCCUGACGACCUAUACAUCCGCGUGGACCAGCAUCCAUGCUCUCUCCUGAGCCCAGCUCCAGUGAAGAACCGAAGUACCAGAAGAGACCUCCCAAGGCUGGAGCUUGUUCUUCCUGGAACCGAGUCCACAACAUUGCCGGCACUGGUCACCUGCCCUCCUCCCCCAGAUCCACAGUCGUGGGACAGCCUUCAUGGCUCAGCUCCCCCAGUCGAGAUAUGACACAAACAGAAGCAAGAAAACUAUUCCAUGAGCCCCCACUGGGUGCACCCAUUCUCUGAGGUGCUGAACACAGCAGUGAGCAAGUUUCUCAUAGAAACGCAUGGACUCCACCUUCCCUAACUCACAGCUCCUCGUCACAGCUGUUGCACUGGACUGGUUUCACUUGUGUCAUGCAUCCUAGGAACUAUGUUGGGGGUGAGGGGAGCCCCCUCCACCAGUUUGACCUAGGAACUCAUCAGGCAGUACCUCUGUCCUACUCAUUGUGAAGUAGUGUCUUCAAUGUUGGCACUUUGCUUAUUUCUGAAACUUGGAGAAACACGUGGAUUUUUACAUCAGUGACUAUUCACCUUACAUUUCCUGGUGGGACAUUCUUGUUUCACUUUUUGGCUGUAUCCUACAGCAUAUGGGAUCUUAACUUUCUUACCAGGGACCAAACCUACAUCUCCUGCAGUGGAAGGUAGAGGCUUAACCACUGGACCACCAGGGAAGUCCCUCAAUUCUUCUUGAAUGGCUAAUUUUCUACAGCUAAAUGGGGUGGAGGUGGGGGGCUGCAGGGGACAGGAAAGAGUAACUGUUGAUUUAAAACACUUUAAAUCUCACCACUUUUGUUGUUUUUGAUACCUCAAAUCCCCAAACUAUACUUUGAACUGGAGGCAAUCAUUGUGGAAGUCUAGUGUUAAUACUUUAAACAUUGUUCCAUCUGUGAGGCAUGUAGAUUUUGAUGCACGUAUGUUUGUGUGUUGAGAACUCUUGCCAUGGCUUCCCAACACUUACAUGAACGCUCAUCACUCUCAGGAGAGCUGGAAAACCAAGGUGGUGAUUUUCUGCCUUCUGGGGAUGGUUCUUCAUUAACUGUCACUACAUCUAACUUUAUGAUCCAACUCUCACAUCUGUACAUGACUACUGGAAAAAACAUAGCUUUGACUCUAUGGGACUUUUGCCAGAAAAGUGAUGUCUCAGCUUUCAAUAAUACGCUGUUUAGGUUUGUCAUAGCUUUCCUGUGAGAGUUGGACCAUGAAGAAGGCUGAGCUCCAAAGAAUUGAUGUUUUUGAAUUGUGCUGGAGAAGACUCUUGGGAGUCCCUUGAACAGCAAGGAGAUCAAACCAGUCAAUCUAAAGGAAAUCAACCCUGAAUAUUCAUUAGAAGAACUGACAUUGAAGCUGCAAUACUUUGGCCGCCUAAUACGAAGAGCCAACUCAUUGGAAAAGACCCUGAUUCUGGGAAAGACUGAAGGCAGGAGAAGGGGGUGACAGAGGAUGAAAUGGUUGGAUUGCAUCACCGACUCAAUGGACAUAAAUUUGUGCAAACUCUGGGAGAUGGUGAAGGACAGGGAAGUCUGGCGUGCUGCAGUCCAUGCGGUCACAAGGAAUUGGACACAACUUAGCAACUGAGCAACAUCUUGGUUCCUCCAUGUUAAUUUAACACAGUUGCUUUGUCCUAGAAAUAGACAUUAUAAGAUAUUACCCUUGAGAACUGUUUACUUCCAGUUACUUUAUAACUGGCUGACGUUUUCCAAUCUAAGACUCCCUGUUUGGUUUCUCAUAUCACACUGAGUGCAUACACAAGGAUGUACGCAUGUACUCUGCUCUGAACCAGCCUGAAUCCCUCACCGGGGUCCAGGGAGGAGACUACAAACGUGCUCUGCACCGCUGCUCGAUACUAGUCCCUUCAUACCCACAGCCAGGCAACCAUUAGUUAAAACUGCACUUUAAAAACACCUUAAUAGUUGGGAAAGGAGAACUUUUUAAACAAAAAAUAAAGCAAGUAUAGAUA